UUGAUUAUGGAAGAUUCCCACAAGAGUAACACUUCAGAGACUGCACCUCAGCCUGGUUCAACAGUUCAGGGAACUCACAUUUCUCAGAUAGCCCAUCAGGUGUCAUCUUUAUCAGAAAGUGAGGAGUCUCAGGACUCAUCUGACAGCAUAGGCUCCUCACAGAAAGCUCACGGGAUCCUGGCUCGGCGCCCAUCUUACAGGAAAAUUUUGAAAGACCUCUCUUCUGAAGAUACACGGGGCAGAAAAGGAGACGGAGAAAGUCCUGGUAUUUCUGCUGUCACGUCUAUGUCUGUUCCAACCCCCAUCUAUCAGACCAGCAGCGGACAAUACAUUGCCAUUGCCCCAAACGGAGCCUUACAGUUGGCCAGUCCAGGCACAGAUGGCGUGCAGGGACUGCAGACAUUAGCCAUGACAAAUUCCAGCAGUACUCAGCAAGGUACAAUCCUCCAGUACGCACAGACUUCCGAUGGACAGCAAAUACUCGUCCCAAGCAACCAGGUGGUCGUACAGACUGCAUCAGGAGACAUGCAGACCUACCAGAUCCGAACCACACCGUCUGCCACUUCACUGCCACAGACUGUGGUGAUGACUUCUCCUGUGACCCUUACAUCCCAGACAACGAAGACCGACGACCCCCAACUCAAAAGGGAAAUACGGCUGAUGAAAAACAGAGAAGCUGCUCGAGAAUGCCGCAGGAAGAAGAAGGAGUACGUGAAGUGCCUGGAGAACCGAGUCGCCGUUCUGGAAAACCAAAAUAAAACUCUAAUAGAAGAGCUAAAAACUUUGAAGGAUCUUUAUUCUCAUAAAAGUGUUUGAUUCUUUAAAGAGAAAGUAUUUUUAUGGACUUGCUUUAAAAUGAGGUGGAUUUCUUUUUAGUGGAGUUUUAUAAAUUCAGAGGUCAAAGAAGCUACUUUGUAUUAGGUUUUUACAGUGCGCAAGUUGACAGAGGGUUAAGUGGAGAUGAGCAGGAGGAAGCUGCUGGUAGGACUGGAAGAUCUGGGGGAAGUACUCCAGGAAAUGGACGUCAGCAAUGGAACUUAGACAGCGUCCAGCCAGAAGGGGCGGCGGUGGCGGCGGCGGCGGCGGCAGCAGUGGCAGCAGUGGCAGCACUGGGAAGAACCCACUCCCUCUCAGUUUGUAUUCUUACUGUUUGUUUCCGAAGAUUUGCCUUUUCAUUUGUGUGUGUGAGUGUGUGUGUUUGAUUCCUGCCAAUAAAUUCUAAAUUACAAAUGUAAAAGAAAGCAUAAUACGUUACUAAGUAUGUAAAUUAUGUGGUCUGAUUGUUACUUGUCAUAUUGUCGGGUGUGUUCAAUGAGUUUUAAUAGUUGCUUUUGUUGGACUUGAGGGUUUUGAGAAGUUCUAACAGGCGAAGGGCACAGGAUCUGAAGAUGGUGAUUUGUAACAUUUGUAUCAGAAUGGAAAAUUUGACCAUUUUAAAUAGUUGAUUUUUGCUUCCGGAAGGUAAGGGCAAUUUUUCACAAGGAUAUAAUAAUUUUUUUUUAAUUCUCUAAUCCUGUAUGCAGUUGAAGAGCAUUACUCUUUUGUGCUUUAACAGAAUGAAGUGUUUACAAAUGCCCUUAAAAUCUUUUCAAUAACCUGAAGAAGAAGUACACCAAAGCUUCCCGCGAGGGUUUAUAAUCAUCUUUCUGUAGGAUUGUCAGGUUCUGAAGUAGUUACCGAGGCAGCUUGCCUUGAGACUAUUUUGUAAUGUAGCCAAGGGUACCUUUAUAAGAGAAGGGACUGCCGAUAUAUUUUUAUAGUGAAUCUUUAUAAAUUCUAAUGUCGAGUUUUUAAUGAUUAUUUUAAAUGUUUAUAUAUAGUUUGUUUAGUAAAAAAAAAUUUGUAUCUCAAAUUGCCAUUUUUUAUAUUAUGAGAAGAGUAAAGUUUUCAAUUGGCUGAUAUUGAAUUGUACUUUUUCUAUGAAGUUUAUCUAAAGUUCAAGCUGUGGUCAGUACACCAGUGUUUAACCUCUGUAUUCUAAUCUGUAUACACUUUGAAACUGUACUGCAAAACUGUUGUGUGCCUAUAUAGUAUAUUUCAUAUGGUCUAUGAAAUUAAAGAACAUUUGAUAAGAUUAA